AUGGAAGCUGAACUCAAAACGCUGCUCUGUCGAAACGCGGUUCCAAUUAUUGAUUUAGAGAACUGCAUUGAGGGCGGGACUGCUGUCGUGGCCCAAAAGCUAAGGAGGGCUCUAUCUGAACAGGGCUAUGCUUUGCUUAUAAACCAUGGAAUUUCCAAUGAAAAGGUAAAUUAAUUAAUACACAAAUUAUGAGUUACAAGAAAUUGUCCUCUCAGAUGGAGGAUCUAUGGAUUUGUGGACUUGCCGGAUGAGGUUAAGGCAACCUAUGAACGCACCAAGGCUCCGGAUGGGGAUAAUCAUGGUUAUGUGAGUCCUGGGAUGGAACGCUUUGAUGGAAGGACCCCGGAAUUGAGGCAUGCGUACAACAUCUGCAAGUUGGGAUCGCAUGUUUUGCCAGAGAGCGAAUUGCCUGGAUUUACAAAGCACAUAAACUCCCUGACCGAUGACUUCAAUGCCCUCGGUAGGUUUAUCCUCCGGGUUCUGGCCUUGUCCUUAGGGGCACCGGAGUCAUUCUUCCUCGACAAGCACUCGUACAUGUUGUCCGACGAUCGUUAUAAUCUCACCACCCUGCGGAUGCUCUACUACCCGCCGGUAAAGGACACCAGUUCCAAGGACAUAGUUCGCUGUGGAGCACAUGCCGACUACUGCUCCUUCACUCUUCUUGCCCAAGACUCGGAGGGGGGAUUGGAGGUGAAGCUGCGUGGCAGUGAUCAAUGGGAACGAGUUGGUCAUCUUCCGGGUGCACUCUUCAUCAAUUGCGGCGAAACCAUGGCCUCAUGGACAGAUCAAUUCUAUCACGCUUUGCAACAUAGAGUGGUGGUUCCUGAGCAGCAGGAUACUCGUCUUCGGGGACGGCACUCCAUUGCCUAUUUUUGUCAUCCCGAUAGUUCAACGCUGAUUGAUUCUAAAGACUUGAAUAUUGAUUCAAAAAAUGAAGUAAUAUAUAAUGCAUAUGAUAUAACAAUGGCUUUGGCGAAAGGAGCCUAUGGGCAUAAUUACUCCUAG